CCAUUGAUGUUCUGUGGGUUCACAGUGUUGGCUGGUUGAAAUCGAAGGCUCCUGUAGGGAUGGCAGACUUGGAAGAGAGCAAAGAGAAGCCGGUGGAGAGGAAGGGGCGACUGACAGUAACGCUCGUUCUUGUAACUCUGGUGGCCUCCAUCGGGUCAUCAUUCCAGUAUGGAUACAAUGUGGCUUCUAUAAACUCUCCAUCACCUUUCAUGAAGACAUUUUACAAUGAAACAUACCUCAGUCGCUAUCACACUACCCUAACUACGAGCCUACAGAAUGUGCUUUGGUCUCUCACUGUGUCCUUAUACCCACUGGGUGGAUUCUUUGGCUCUUUAAUGGUUGGGCCCCUGGUUAACAAAAUUGGCAGGAAAGGAACCUUGCUGCUCAACAACAUAUUCUCCAUUGUCCCCGCUAUUUUAAUGGGCACCAGCGUCCUGGCCAAAUCUUUUGAGGUCAUAAUUGCUAGUCGACUGGUAAUAGGAAUCUGUGCAGGUUUAUCUUCCAAUGUUGUCCCCAUGUACCUUGGAGAAAUGUCUCCCAAAAACCUUCGAGGAGGUAUUGGUGUGAUGCCUCAGCUGUUGAUUACCAUUGGCAUUCUUAUGGCACAGAUUUUCGGGAUCCGAUUCAUCCUUGGAAAUAAAAAUGGUUGGCCCAUACUGCUAGCUCUCACUGGAAUUCCUGCUGUACUAGAGCUGAUUUUCCUGCCCUUCUUUCCUGAAAGUCCAAGAUACACACUGCUGCACAAGGGCAAUGAUGAAAAAGCCAGGGCUGCCUUGAAGCACUUGAGAGGUUGGGAAGAUGUGGAUGACGAAAUCCAGGAAAUGUAUCAAGAGGACCAGUCAGAAAAGGCAGAGGGGCGCCUAUCAGUCAAGAACUUGUGCUCAUUCCGUCCACUGCGUUGGCAGCUCAUCUCUGUCAUUAUACUGAAUAUGGGACAGCAGUUGUCAGGGAUCAAUGCAGUUUAUUACUAUGCGGACAGUAUAUACGGAGCAGCUGGAGUGGCAGAUGACACCGUUCAGUAUGUCACAGUGGCAACUGGAUCUGUCAAUGUUCUAAUGACACUGGCUGCGGUCUUCAUUGUGGAUUCAUGGGGAAGACGACUGCUACUGCUCAUAGGCUUCGGAACAUGUUGCACUGCUUGCAUAGUGCUAACUAUUGCUCUGAUUUAUCAGACCACUGUAAACUGGAUGCCGUACCUCAGCAUAGUCUGUGUAAUUGUUUAUGUCAUCGGCCAUGCCAUUGGACCAAGUUCUAUAGCAUAUGUGAUUACAACUGAGAUGUUUCGGCAGGCUUCCCGCCCUGCAGCCUUUAUGAUAGCUGGCAGUGUUCACUGGCUAUCAAACUUCACUGUUGGGCUCAUAUUUGAAUUCCUUUUGAGUGGAUUAGGCUCAUACUGUUUCAUCCUCUUUGCUACCAUCUGCUUAGCAACAUUCCUCUUCAUAUAUUUUGUUGUUCCCGAAACCAAAGGAAAAACCUUCAUUGAAAUCAGUCAAAUAAUGGCAAAGAGAAAUGGACUUGAAGAAAAAACAGACUCCAAGGAAUUCGAAGACCUAACAUCACCAACAUCCAAGGGCAUGCCGAUAGAAGAAGAUGGUGUUAUCAAAAGUGCAUUGUGACCAGCUGUCUCCGCAGAGGACUCUCUGUAGCCAUUUGUUUA